GAUUUGUUGGUGCCUCUCGGCUUCCGUCGAACACGGUACAAGAUGGCGGCCUCCGAGACUGUUCGCCUGCGGCUCCACUUUGACUACCCACCGCCUUCCUCUCCGCGCUGUUCGGUCUUCUGGCUCCUAGCUGACCUGACCAAAUGCCGAGUGGUCACUGACCUGGCCAGCCUCAUCCGCCACCGCUUUGGCUUCAGCUCUGGAGCAGCGCUGGGACUCUACCUGGAUGGGGGGUUACUCCCCCCCACCGAGAGCGCGCGCCUGGUGCGUGACAAUGACUGCCUCAGAGUUAAAUUAGAAGAUGUUGAAAUUGUUGAGAACUCUGUAGCAGUCUGUAAUGGACUCAGUUAUUCAUACAAAAAAGCCCAGAAGAGGAGAACCACAUGGGAGGAAGAAGAGUCCGAUGCAGAAAAUGAUCAGUACACAGAGAAGCAUUGGAAAGGGGGAGAGAACAGUGAAGCCUCCUCUUCUCUGGAGCCAGAGCAAAGCACAAGGAAAAAAAAUAAGAAGAGAAAAAGAAAUGAGGGAGGAAGUGAAAAUAAUGGAAAAUGUACCCCCAAAAAAUCAGGGAAGGAGAAAGAAGGGAAAGCUGAAGAUAAGAAGCUGAAGAAAUCUCCAAAGCCUUCUAAAGCAAAGACAUUGCCAGAACGGACCAAAAAGAGCCAUGUUGUUAAGAAGAAUGCGUCUAGUAAAAAUAGUUCAGCUGAAACCAAGAGGAAAAAGGAUAUCGGCUCGUCUGCUAAAGCUAAACCUGAUACGUCAUCAGAUUCUGAUUCGUCUGCCACAUCAUCAGAUGGGAGCCACAGCAAGACAGGUCUUGGUGGUAAGAAAUUAAUAGAGAAGCCAUCAUUUAUCACAUCAAAGCCAACUGUAGACAGACUUGUUACCAGCAUUGUCAGUAACGCAACCUCUGUCAAGGGCAAAGGAACUCAAGCAUCGUCCUCUAGUUUGGAUUCUAGUUCCAGUUCAGAUGACCAAGACAGGAUGACAAAGAGAGCUCCGGCAUUGGCUCCUCCACCAGCUGGAACAACAGCAUCUCCAGGAUCUUCACAGGCAAAUGGUCCAGAUACAGACAGCCACUUAGGAACAAGACAGGAGAUGCGAUACUCUAAUCCCUGGGAUAAGGCAGUAUUGGGAAAUAGUGGGAAACAGCCGACACCUCUGGCUCCAGAAGCAGCUCCUCACCCCAGCAGCUUUGGAAGGGGGAGGGGAAGAGGGGAAGAUAUUUUCCCCUGGAGGGGACCUAGGGGACGGGGUUUUCGUGGAAUCAGAGGACGAGGGAGAGGGGGAAACAUUAAUUAUGUUUUUAAUGGUGAAUCCCAGAAACAGCAGCAAUUAACUGAAGUAGUAAAAAACACUUCCAUUAUUAUCCAGAAUCCAGUGGAGAUGCCUCAGAAGGACUACAGUCUACUUCCUCAAUUAGCAGCACCCCCUCGGGUAGGGGAAAAGAUUGCAUUUAAGCUUUUGGAAUUGACCGCAGAUUAUUCUCCUGAUGUCUCUAGUUACAAGGAGGGGAAAAUAAUAAACUACAAUCCUGAUGCUCAGGAAGUAGACAUAGAAAUCCUUUCAUCUUUACCAGUGGUGAAGGAGCCUGGGAAGUUUGACCUCGUGUACCAGAAUGAAAAUGGAACAGAAGUGGUGGAGUAUGCAGUGUCACAGGAUAAAAGGAUAACUAUUUGUUGGAAAGAACUGAUCGAACCAAGACUGAUUAUUGAGCCUCACACUGAUACUCCAAAUACAGAACAAGCCUGACCUUUAUCAUUCCACCCAAUGUAUAUAUUGUCAGAUAAGGACUAAAUAUAUAGGUUCAAAUAGUUUAUAAUUUGUUUUAUGAUAUUGUGAAAGUGACUAUAGUUUGGACCUUUUCUAAAUAAAAUAUUUCAACAUUA